UAUCAUUGAUAAUGUGAUCUAGCAUUCGGUUUGAAACUGUUGCCCCUGCUAGUGAUGUGUGUAGGCAACCACUCCGACUGGAUUCGUGCUCGUCAUGCACUCUGCGCAGUCGUGAGUCAAGUACCUGUUGUACGCUUGCGCUCAUGCAGCUCAGCCACCCUUUGAGCAGCAGUCCUCAUGCACAAGCGAGCCUCAGACAUUUGCAAACUGGCCGGUUGGUACUGAUGCUCUCUGGGGGCAGCAAUGCCGCCAAAGCCAGACCGCCUGUUGCCCUAACGCGGACUCCUUUCUUGCUCCGGGAGAAGCCGAGCAAAGCCACGGCGCCAAACUUCCGCGCAGUGAGUUGUGCAGCUGCCGGUGUUUUGUGCAGCCAAAGAGUGCACAGAGGAAGACGGACAGGUUUGCGCGCCGAGCGUGACGAGGCGAAGGCUCGCUUCGUGGAUUGGAUGCGGGAGACUGGCAUCGUGGCAUCUCCCAAAGUGGACAUUGUGCCGGACGCGGAGGGCGGGCGACGUGUCGUGUGCACUGCGCCCAUCGAGAGGGGCGAAAGUUUGGUGCGUCUCCCCGGCUCAGAGGCGGUGUCCGUUGCCAUCGACGGCGACUCGGUGCCGGAGGCGCUGGCGGAGUGGGAGGAGCUGCACAUGCGCGGGGGGGCGGAGGCGCUGGCGGAGUGGUGGGCGCUGCACACGCGGAGCUCCAUCCGCCUGGCGGUAGUGCUGGCGUCCCGGUACGACCAGUUUGAGGCCUACAUCGACAUGCUCUAUCCGCUGGAGCAGAUCUGUGCCCCCUGGCGCUGGGAGGAGAGCGACUUGCAGUUCCUGCCGCCAAAGAUGCGUCGCAAGGUGCUGGCAAGGAAGGCGGCACUGCAGAAGGCCUGCGAAGACUUGGAGCGUCUGAAGCUCGGCACGCCCAAAGACCUCUUCUUGCGGGCGCACCACGCCGCGGCGUCCCGCGCCUUUGCCGGGGAGGGCAACGACUCGGGCCGAACCGCCGCUUUGGCGGCUGGAGCGAUUUCCAUGGCGGCUUUUGGAGCUGCUGCCGCAACGGGCUUCGCAAGUUUGGAUUUGGCAGCAGCUGCUGGUGCCACUAUCGCAGCAGCUUCUGGGGCUGUCAUUGCAUCCAGCAAGAGCCAGGUUCUGUCCUUGCUGCCCAUGAUCGACCUGGUGAACCACCAAAGCGGUGAGCCGCCGGAUCUGCAGUUCGACCCCGGGAGCCGCACUUGGGAGCUCAAAGCCAAGAAUUCGUACAAAGUGGGGGACGAGAUUGUGUUUAGCUACGGUGACAAGGACAGCGAUUCCUUGCUUCUGCAGCAUGGAUUUGUGGAGGAGGACAACAAGGCAGAUCGCUUGUGCGUGGAACUUCCUGAUGCGGGCAGCUAUGGCCUCUCCGAGGAGGCUGCAGCUCAGCUUGGGCUGGCUGGCCUGGAGGAGCUUUGCUUCGGAAGAGACGGCUCCUUGCAGGUCGAGGUUCCGCGGCCGGCCCUUGCGGAGGGCGUUGCCGCUGCCCUGCGGCAUGCAGCAGAUGGCUGCAAGGAGUCGGAGGAUGACCAGGUGGCAGCAUCUGUGUCCUCCCCAAAUGUGGCGCGGGUUUUGCUGCGCUGGCGCCAGGAGCGGCGGAAGAUGUUGGCGGCGGCGGCCCGCCGCUGGAAGGUCAACGACUUGCUGUGACCUAGUGCGGACA